AUGGCUUUACCGAACGGCACAGAAACUCCGGAUUCGAUUGAAAACUUCUAUGCCAGUAAAUCAGUUUUCAUUACCGGCGGAACUGGGUUUUUGGGAAAGAUUCUUGUGGAGAAACUUUUAUACAGUUGCCCUAAUAUCGAUAAGAUUUUCCUUCUAAUACGAGAGAAACAGAAAUCUGACGCACGGGAGAGAAUCAAGCAGCUGGUCAAUCUACCGGUUUUCCAUAGACUACAGAAAGAAAGACCAGAAGAUUUGAAAAAAGUGGUACCUGUAUUAGGUGAUUUAAUUCUACCCAAUCUUGGCAUAUGCGAAGAAGAUGAACGCUUGCUAAUUGAUAAGGUAUUCGUCUUUGUGUCCACUGCUUAUUCUAAUACGGAUCGAGCGGUACUGGAAGAAGUAGUUUAUCCUCCUCCCGCGUCAAUAGAUGAGGUGUACAAGAUUAUCGAACAAGGGUGCAGCAAUGCAGUACAAACAAGCAAUCUAUUAAGUUGCAGACCAAACACUUAUACAUUCGUCAAAGCACUUACGGAGACUCUGGUGAAAGAAGAACAUGGAAACGUCCCAUCGAUUAUAAUCAGACCGUCAAUAGUGUCUGCGAGCUGGAAUGAGCCAGUAAGGGGUUGGGUAGACCAUUGGUAUGGUGCAACCGGCCUACUCACUACAGUCGCGAAAGGGGCUAAUCGUAUACUACUAAGUAGGAAGAGCAACAUCCUAGACCUUAUCCCCGUCGACUACGUAACAAAUCUCACCAUUGUGGCAGCCGCAAGAGCCAAUGGAUCGAAAGAUGUGCUCGUUUACAACAGCUGCACAGGGGCCGUAAACGCGCUAACGAUGGGAGAAGUUUCUCACCUUAUAAUAGACUACAGCAUCAAUAAUAAUUUCUCGUUUAUCGGUGACUGCUGGCUGCGUCUUUUUGGAAAAUUACCCAGAUUCAUGAAGAUGCAUGCGAAGGUGAUUCAGAUUCGAGAUACUCUCCAGUACUUCACCUCCCAUUCCUGGGUUAUGAGAUGUACGCGCGCGCAGGAGCUUUUUGCGUCUUUGUCCAGCACCGAUCGGUCGAGAUUCCCCUUUGAGCCUACCCAAAUCGUCUGGUCGACGUACAUACCAACCUACUUCAUGGGUAUCAGGGAGUACUUGCUAAAAGAGAAAACGCGA